AUGGUGCGCGAUUUCCGGCUGCGCGAGGGCGCGGCUGGCCAGCACUGCAACGAGAUCGGGAACCUGGAGUUCUACAUCAAGUGGAAGGGCUGGUCGUAUCGGCACGCGACAUGGGACACAGCCGAGUUCCUGAAGGACUUCAAGGGCUACAAGAAGGUAGAGAACUACUUCAAGGCGACGGUACUACUCGAUUAUGCGAUCCGCAAUGAUCCCGAGGUGUCGCGCGAGGACAUCGAGCAGCUGGACAUCAACCGCGAGAUGGAACGCGACACGCUGCGCGACUACACCAACAUCGAGCGCGUGGUGGCCAGCCGGCAGUCGACAGCCGGGCGGCGGCGGCUGCCGUACAGCUCGUGUUCGUGGGUCACUGCCGACGAGAUCAAGCCCGAGGAGCAGGUGGAGCUGGACGCGUUUUUGGACCGCGAGCAGUCGAUCUGCCUGGCACACCGCAGCGCGCCGACAGCCAAGGCCAAGCGGCCCAAGUUCCAGCGCAUGACUAAGCAGCCUGAGUACCUUGUGGGCGGCGAGCUGCGCGACUACCAGCUCACGAGCCUGAACUGGAUGGCGCAUCUGUGGUGCAACGACGAGAACGGGAUUCUGGCAGACGAGAUGGGGCUGGGCAAGACGAUCCAGACGAUCUCGUUCCUGUCGUACCUGUUCCACACGCAGGAGAUCUACGGGCCGUUCCUGGUGGUGGUCCCGCUGUCGACCAUCGGAGCGUGGCAGCGCGAGUUUGCGCGGUGGGCGCCGGACCUCAACACGCUGUGCUACAUCGACGACAACCGCAGCCGCGCAAUCAUGCGCGAGUACGAGUUCUACAAGAACGGGUCGGGGAACCCACCGCGUGUCAAGCUCAAUGUGCUGCUGACAACAUACGAGCUGGUGCUCAAGGACCGCGAUCUGCUUGGCAGCAUCAAGUGGAACUUUUUGGCAGUUGACGAGGCGCACCGUCUCAAGAACAGCGAGUCGCAGCUGCACGAGGCGCUGUCGUCGUUCCACACGACAAACCGGCUGCUGGUGACGGGCACGCCGCUGCAGAACACGGUGAAGGAGCUGGUGACGCUGUGCCGGUUCCUGAACCCCGAGCGGUUUGCGGAUCUGGACGACGACUUCGACAUCCGCGUGACGGCGGGUGACACCGAGCAGGAGGGCAAGAUUGCAGAGCUGCACCGGCGACUCAAGCCGUAUAUGCUGCGGCGGCUCAAGAAGGACGUGGAGAAGUCGCUGCCGAACCGAACGGAGCGGAUUCUGCGUGUGGAGCUGUCGGGGAUGCAGGUGCACUACUACAAGAAUAUUCUGACGCGCAACUACGCGGCGCUGAACCGCGGGGCGACGGGGUCGGUGCAGAUGUCGCUGCUGAACAUCAUGGCGGAGCUGAAGAAGGCCAGCAACCACCCAUACCUGUUCCCCAACGCCGAGUCGCAGGCGGAGGCCAAGGACGAGGUCCUGCGCGGAUUGAUCACACACUCGGGCAAGAUGGUGCUGCUGGACAAGCUGCUGGCCAAGCUCAAGGCUGGCGGGCACCGGGUGCUGAUUUUCUCGCAGAUGGUGCGCAUGCUGGACAUUCUGGCGGACUACAUGGCGAUGCGCGGGUACGCGUACCAGCGACUGGACGGGUCGGUUCCGUCGGAGGUGCGCAAGCGCUCGAUCGAGCACUACAAUGCACCGGGCUCGCCUGACUUUGUGUUCCUGCUGAGUACGCGUGCGGGCGGGCUGGGAAUCAAUCUGGAGACAGCCGAUACGGUCGUGCUGUAUGACUCGGACUUCAACCCGCAGGCGGACAUGCAGGCGAUGGCGCGUGCGCACCGUAUCGGGCAGAAGAAGCAGGUGUCAGUGUACCGGUUUGUGUCGAAGAACACGAUCGAGGAGGAGAUCCUGGAGCGUGCCAAGCGCAAGAUGGUGCUCGAAUACUGCAUCAUCAAGGGCAUGGACACAUCGGGACUGCACGUGACGGACACAGAGCGCAAGCAGAUCGAGAAAUCCAAGCAGGGCAAGAGCGGCGGGCUGGUGGGCAACAGCUCUGGGGCGUCGUCGUUUUCGCGCGAGGAGCUGGCGGCGAUUCUCAAGUUUGGAGCCAGCAGCAUGUUUGCAGACGACAGCGUCACGAUGCAGCAGCACAAGCUCGACGACAUGGAUCUGGACAAGAUGCUGGAGGACGCCGAGCAGGCGGAAACGUCGGAGGCAGGCGUGGCCGACGACUUCUUGAGCCAGUUCAAGGUGGCCGACUAUGGUGGCUCGGGGAUGUCGUGGGACGAGAUCAUCCCCGAGGACGAGCGCAAGCGCGUGGAGUUCGAGGAGCAGCAGAAGCAGGAGGAGGAGCUGCUCGUGGCCGACGGCAACAGCUCGGACGGAUCGACGGCCAGCAGCAUGCGCGGGCGCCGCAAGGGCGGGUCGUCGCGGCGACGCAACGAGGGCCGCACCAAUGACCCCAAGGCAUUUGGCGAGAAGGAGGUGCGGGCGCUGAUCCGUGGCGUGCAGAAGUUCGGCAGCCCCGAGAACCGGCAGGAGCUAGAGGGCAAGGACGCCGAGUCGGUCAAGGCCAUGGGGCUGGAGCUGAUCAAGAGCUGCGAGGACGCGCUGCGCUCGCACCUGCACGGCACCAACGGCGACACCAACGACUCGGCAGCAGGCGGCGGUGAGGACGAGGAUCUUGGUGGCCGGCGGCUGCAGCAGCCCGGGCAGCGCGACGAGCUGACCAGCUUCCGCAUCGGCGUGCCACUGAAGCCGGUGCACCACUGGUCGUGCCUGUGGGGGCAGCGCGAGGACGCCAUGCUGCUGGUGGGCAUCUAUCGCCACGGCUUCGGCAACUGGGACCGCAUUCAGGCGGACCCUGACCUGGGUCCUGCAGAAGAAGCUAAGGCCGCCAGCGUGCAGUCGAUCGGCGGAACCGUCCGCGGUGCGUCGGGCGCGGCUGCCGGUAAACGCAUCGUCGCACCAAAGGCCACGCAUCUGGUGCGGCGUGGCGAGUACCUGCUUAAGGUGCUGCGUGAAGGUGACGAGCGCCGCACCCCCGCACCCCUGAAUCUGACCCCGCGGCGCUCAGCACCGGCCCGCAAGCGCCGCGUGUUCACCGAGGACUCGGACGCCAACAGCACCGGCAUCAACAACGACGAGCAGGCGCCCGAGUCCGAGAUGGACGCGCGGCCGCCAGGCGACGUCGAGGACGGCGAGCUGUCGGAGCCCGAGUCGAUGGACGAGCGCGCCUGCAAGGACCUGAUGCGCCCAGUCAAGCGCUACCUGCAGCGUCUGCGUGACGAGGCCGAGCACACAAAGUCGUCGCAGAGCAAGGUCAAGCUGAUCAGCGACUGCUUGCUGCCCAUCGGCCGCCAUAUCCGCUCGGUCAUUGAGCGCAAGCGCUCGCGUGCUGCCAGCGACCCCGUCGAGGACGUCGACCGCCUCUACCGCCACCUCCCCGUCAACUACAAGAAGCUGGUGCAUCUCUUUGAGCGCCUUGAGGAGAGCAGCCUGUCGGCCCCGCCGCCCCCUGCGCUGUCGCCCACCGCAAAGCACCAGGACUCUGCCGCCAGCCCGACCAGCAGCCGCCACCGCAGCCACGGGCGCAGCUGGAGUCGUAGUCGCAGCCGUUCGGUCAGCCCCAGCAGAAGUCGCGAGGACACCGAGCGCUACCGCAAGCGGUCGCUGAGCCGCGGCGACGAGGACGAGGGUGAUUUCGCCGAUGGCGAUGGCCGAUGCCAAUGCCAAUGGCGCGGCGCGUCGCCGCAGCAACGGCUCGCGUGA